AGGAUUUAAUUAAACCCACCCCAACCACUCUGCACACAUAGACACACAUUCGCACAAACCUUCUAAUAACAAGGAUGCAGUCAUUAUUCCGGCGUUCACAGGCCAUCAGAGCCGACCACGGCCGCCAGCGGCCCACAUGGGAGGAGCGAGCCAGAGCAGCUUUGGCGGCAGCGCGCGAAGUCGAAGAAAGCUCGGGCGAGUCAGUACCCACACGGCCCUCAGAGGUCAACGCAUCCAAGAGACUGUGCUACGGACCGCGCUACAUUCUGCCAGGAACUCACGACGGCCUAAACGAGCUGAAAAUCCAACAACAGUAUGAAGAGCCCUGCGACGUGCUGCAAAGCAACUUUUCGCUUGACACAGCAUCCCUCCAUAUUCCUCUCUGAUGGUCGAAAACGCAGACUCGCCGAGCGCAGUAACUCAGUCACCAUUUUACACGCUAAUAUUUACUGUCAACUCGCUGGUUCCGCUGACCGUAAAUCUGCACUGGCUAGCCACUGAGGAAUGGAACACAGAAGGAACCGCAGAAAGCGGUUAUCCACGCUUUGUCUCGCGCGUGAACAUCAACCGCUCGUACGCACUGGGUGCUGGCCGCAGCCAGCAGUUCGCGCUGCCAAAAUCCGACUGGCUCGUUCCAAACGAAGAGCCAUAUUGCACACUGCUCUCGCCCGAUUGGCAGGCCCGCAACGGAGCUGUAUCUACUGCCGUUACUUUUAAUGCUGCAAACUCGACGCUCAUUGUUGCAAACUAUUCGCAGUCAUUUUGCGAAGGUGACAUUGAGGAAUCCGGUGGUGGCAGCAACAUCGAGCUAGAUGUUCUGCAGCCGAGAGACCCCCGCUUUGUCAAAAAUGUAAACGAGAUCCAAGAGGUCUCAUCAACCAGCUGCCAAAAGGCGCCGGUAUACGGUCUUAUUAUCGAGCUUAUUGAGUGCCGCCCGGACCAGCAGAGCCCAACCCAGAGCAUUGCACCAGCUAGCCAGAUAUCUUUUAUUGAAUUUUACAACGAAGGGGGCAUGAUGGUCAUUCCGCGCUGCAUCAAGCAGAAGGUCUGUGUCGGAGGCAUACUAUACCUGCAGCACGAGAUAUUUGGGCUCAGAGAAACUAUGGCCAGCCAUGCCAGCUUGCGCAACGAUGAGCCGCCGCAGUGUGCGAUCUGUCUGUCGGACGACCGUGACACUGUGCUACUGCCUUGCCGGCACAUGUGCAUGUGCCGCGAAUGCGCCAACACAUAUCGACAGCAGAGCAACAAGUGCCCUAUAUGCAGAACCGUGGUUGACACCAUCCUGCACAUCCAGAGCAACAAGCAGGACCAGCCGCUUGUCGAAUAAUACAAGUGCUUUUUUAAUUAUUUAUUCAUUUUGAAAGUC